CAACACACUCAUCAGUCAUCACACAAACGAUGUGAUGCUAUCCACCUUCCCACAGUGCCAAAUCAUCGAUGCUACCCACCUCCCCACAGUGCCAAAUCAUCCAUUCCUACCGCAUGGUGUGGUGGCCGGUGGGGUAUAAACGGAUCCAUUGUGUUUUGUGUAUAUUUGAUCGGCUGUUAUCCAAGUGUCAUUUUAAAAAUAAUAAAAAAAAUAGGAAAAAAAAAAGGACCAGGCUCAGUAAGGUUCUCGGCCACGGUAGUUACAAGUCAACGGCUACCAAACACAUGAAAAAUGACAUAUUAAUCCAUCGCACCUUAUUCGCCUGUAGUCUGUAGAUAAGCGGAAGUCUGAAGUCUCAGAACCCUAAUCCUCCAUUUUUGUUUUUGCAUCGAUAUUCAGUUAUUCAGAAGGCUUCUGUUUUUUAUUGUCUUACAGAUUAUACAGGCAGUUUUACAUCAACUGUGGUUUGAUGGAGCAAGCGACAGUUGAAAAUGUCCAACUACUUCCUGCAAAAAAUGAUGACCAUGGAGGUGUAGUGGUAGAGCUUGAGGAGCAUAUGGACUCUGAUGUGUUUCUCACACUGCUUAAAACUUCAUUGUCACAGUGGACAAUGCAGGGAAAGAAGGGUGUUUGGAUUAAAAUACCAAUCCGUCUUGUUAAUCUUGUGGAACCUGCAGUGAAGGAGGGUUUUUGUUAUCACCAUGCUGAAUCUGAUUACGUGAUGCUUGUUAAGUGGAUUCCUGAAACAACAAGCACUAUCCCUGCAAAUGCUUCUCAUAGAGUAGGUGUUGGUGCUGUUGUCUUGAAUCACAAACGAGAGAUGCUUGUUGUCCAAGAGAAGAAUGGGCCAUUACGGGGAAAGGGUAUCUGGAAGGUCCCAACUGGAAUUGUUGACGUGGGUGAAGAUAUCUGUACAGGGGCGAUUAGAGAAGUCAAAGAAGAGACUGGAAUAGAUACAGAGUUUGUUGAAGUACUAGCAUUCAGGCAAUGGCACAAGUCAUUCUUUGAGAAAUCGGAUUUAUUCUUUGUGUGCAUGAUGCGGCCACUAUCUUUUGACAUCCAGAUUCAAGAAGUAGAAAUCGAGGCAGCCAAGUGGAUGCCAUUGGAGGAAGUUGCAGCUCAACCUUUUGCUCAGAAAGAGAGUUUGUUGAGGUACAUCACUGAUUUAUGCAUAGCAAAGGUAGAGAGGGAUUACUCUGGAUUUUCUCCGCUUCCCGUAACAUCAGGUGUUAUUUAUCUCAACAAGCGAGAUCUAAAUUAAAAAAAAAAAAAAUAAUCCUCCAUUUAUAAUAAUCUAUUGUAACAUUACAUGAUAUGUAUAAACGGAGACAAAAGAUUGAACUCAAAUGUUAUAGAUGUCUGUCUGUUUUACAAUACAAGAGAUACAAGUAUACAACAAUGUAUAGAGGUUAAGCCUACUCUACACAAAUCCUACGGCCCAUGGGUGAAUGGAAAAUUGAGUCUAAUAUUUAUUUAUCA